AUGGACGGCAAACUACCCCCGCGACGUCUCAAAACGACAAUCGAGAUACCGCUUCACUCGAUUCGUAAAUAUGUGCCGGGCUCCGGGCCACCGCCUCCCCGGAUCUCGCUGGUCCCUCCCCGAGAUUCCACCGCAUACAUCAUCGACCAGUUUAUCCUCCCCACCGACAAAGACAUGACCGAAACCUCGAGGCGCUUAGUCCACUACCAUAUUGGGUUUACCGAUCUGCCGGCGGUGAAACUCCUAAUACCCUGCAACAAGGUGCUGGAUUAUGUCUCACCGCGCGAGCUUGAAGAUUGGGAAUACCAAAAUCUGGAGAAGAAGCAGGAGCAGGCACGCCAGCUAGCCGAAAGGCAACAAGCUGCUCCGAUAAAGAAGAAGCCCGGUCGGCCCCCUAAAGUUCCUAUGGAGGACUUCGGCAUGCCGCUAGUGGGCUCGGCAGACGAAGCUCGCCUUCUCGCCGAACAGGUUGCCGGUCCGUCCUUGUCCACCCCACAGAAGAGGAAGCUGGGCGACGUACUAGACGACGAAGGACCUGAAGACACUAGUGAGGAGGAGUCGGAUGGUGCCGCGAUUAGCCGCCAACUGGAUGAGGAAAUUGGGUUUGAGAGUAUGGGGUUCGAAGACGAUAUGGUGGAUUCGGAGUCUGUGGACCGGCUCGCGCUACAUUACGAUACCACCUCCGCAGAGACACCGUCCCGAGCUAGUAGCCUGGCACAGCCUGCACAAGAUUCCUUCCCUGUGAGGCCCAGGAUCGCGCCCGUGGAAACUGGCUCUUCCGGUUCGUCUGCACCCCCUGCUCCUCCACAACAGGUCACUCCCACGCCCGGAGGGUUACACCCAGCCUGGGCGCAUGCGUUCGGCCAGCACAAGCGCCUUGACGAAUCUUCGAGGCCUCACCCUCACGGCAGUCAUGCUCAGCAAAGCAGCACGCCGUGGUUACCCGCUGUCCAGCCGCAAGCUAAACCGGCAUCCAACACUGCAUCAGGGUCCGGCACGGCCAGCCGUCACGCCAAAGAUCCAACCUCGCGCUUUUCGACACCAAGUGCCGCAGGGCAUUCCACUAUUGCUUCCGAUUCAUCGGCGAGAAAACGCAAGGAACCAGUAUCCAAUGGGAAAAGCUCGUCGCAAAAGCAGCGAAAACCGAAGAAACCAAAGGUCGAGCAGCAAGAGGAACCGGCAGCGGAGGAAUGGGAGGUCAAGGAACUACUCGAUGACCAAUGGUUUAUGGAAGAAGGGGUCAAGAUGCACAGAUACCUCGUUCUCUGGGCAGGAGACUGGCCCGAGGAUCAGAAUCCCAGCUGGGAGCCGGCAGAGAACGUCCAGGACCAAGUUUUGAUCAAUCGAUACCAGAAGAAAAAGAAAGCGGGCUUACUGAAGCCCCGAAAGAAAGCUCAAAAAACGCUGCAGCAGUAUUUGGCGGGCGCCAAGUACUCCAGCGUUGCGGAAGCUUUCGAGGGCGAUAUCAACGAGCAGACGGGGCAGGCUACCGCCAACAUGGGGAGCGAUGCUGAUCCACCCGAUGAGACCUUCUUCGUUACGGAGAGCGUGGGGGUCGGCACGAACAAUGGGACGAAAUCAACAUCGACGCCAGUCUUUGGGUCGUUCGACAGCAUGCUCGCGCGGUACAAACAAAGCUUCCCGCCGGGGUGA